UCGCACCGCUGAGCUGCUGCGGCGAAGCACUGUUAUGUUGCUGUCGAUGUCGUCGGGCCUGUUAUGAAGUUAGAAUAACGAUUCGACUAAGAACUUCUUCAUGAUGUGGGGAGUGGCUUUCUAUGGGUUUUUCUUCAUGCUGUGCUCCUGUGUACUUAAUAGUCAAGCAGGAGUAGCAUUGUGGACGAAAAAACACUUACAUUCGCUCAACCCGCUGUGUUAUGGGACGAUUGAAUGCUGCUUCCAUAAAUGGACCUAUAGACCAGAUAUAGAUGCUCUUGCCAAGGCUUUUGACGACCAUUUGUUUGGCCAACCCUUGGCCCAAACGACCGUCCUUGGUGCUAUAGAUGGUCAUGUGACCAAUCCUAAUCCACCAAAGCCGCUGGUUCUGUCCCUGCACGGACCGGCUGGAACCGGUAAGAAUCACAUCAGCCGUCUCACGGUCGAAAGCCUUUUCAAACACGGAAUGGAUAGCAGCUUUGUGACUCUCAAGAUAUCUACAAAGGACUUUCCUCAUAAAGCACACCUAGAGAAAUACAAGGAGGAGCUGGUUUCAUUAAUCAAAUCCAAGGUUUCUUCAUGCCCUCAUCAUGUCUUCAUAUUUGAUGAGGUAGAGAACAUGCCUGCUGGCUUACUGGAUAACAUCAAGGGCUUCUUAGAUCACCACACUAAAGUAGAAGGGACCGAUUAUAGGAAAGCAAUCUUUAUAUUCAGAAGUAACCUAGCUGCACAAGCCAUCAACAAGCACGUGUGGGAAUCGUAUGAGAAGGGAAUAGCGAGGGAAGACAUCCCGUUAGUUGAAAUGGAGCGAAUCAUCAUGAACGAAGUCAGUGAAAACCCUGAUGCUGGUUUUUACAAGGCCCGAAUCAUCAGUUCACAUCUCGUCAGCCAUUUUAUACCCUUCUUCCCACUCGAAGCAUCUCACGUAAGGCAGUGCAUCCAUGCUGAGUUCAAGGUCCGUGGGUAUGCGUCCACCUCAUCUUUAGAAGAUGAUGUACUUGCCCAGCUGCAGUUCAACGGGCCGAGGGGGUCCAGGGUGUUUGCUGUGAAGGGUUGCAAGAAUGUUGCGGAGAAAGUGAAUAUACUUCUCUAUAAACUGAAGGCUAAAGGUCACACGAGGCAUACAGACUUAUAAGAUUUAAGAGCAGUUAUGGUAAAGUAAAUUUAAAUGUGUAUAAUUUACUCCAGUGUUGAUGUUUUUUUUUCCAGGGGUGGGGGCUGGCAGGGGAGCCUCAUUCUUUUAAUGUCAGAUAUGUUAUAUAAUUUAAACACCUGUAUGAAAAUAUGUAAUUUGUUUAUUUAUAUUUGGCUCUUUAAAGAUUUUGGAAACUUAUGAUGCUUCAAACACAGUGAGGAGCGGGGUAUUAUUUUGCUAUUGGGGAGAUUUUGGUACUGAUGCACAGCCCCCCCCCCUCCCCCUUAGAAAAAAAAACAAAAAAACAUUAUGAACUAAUGAAAGGCAAUAUCCUGAGAUAUAAUCUCCUAUAAAUUUCUUUAGACUUCACUUACUGCAAAAAGAAAUUUCCAAAUCACAAUGAAUCAUGCAACUCUUAAAAUUUCCAUGUAGAUACAUGUGCAUAUUUAGGCAGAUUUUGAUGGGUAAGCUGAAUAUCGAAGUGCAGAAACUUGUAGAAUUAAAUGUUUUGUGACUUGUAUACAUCCCAAUAUUUCAUAUUGUAUAUAACAAAGCCUCUUUCGGCUAUAAAUCCUACUGAGUAAUGAUGUUUUAAUAAUUAAAGCAGCUGAUAAAUUUUUACAUUGUGAAUUCGAGAGAGUGGAAUGAAGCAAUUAUUUGUAAGUAGUACUAGGUUGUAUAAUUCCUAUCUAAUGUGUUAUAGUGGCUGCUUCUGCUAUGUGUAAAUAAGGAUAAUAAAUGUGGUAAACAUAAACAGGUUCAAAUAGUCUGUUUGAACCCACAAGGACAUCUACUCAGUUUUAAAGCCCCACUGCACUACUUAUAGCUAUACUUGCGCCCUCUAU